GUGGCCUUCAUAUGAAAAAUAAGUAGUGCGUCGCCUGUAACCGCAGUGCCGAUAUGUUUUAACUUACCAUAAACUGCAUUAGAAAUUAGCAAACCACCGAUAUCCAACUGUAAACGUAGUUUUUAGUUCAGGGUCAUUGAAAGGACACCGUCUUUCUACCCUACGGAGUUCGAGAACUAUUGCAUUUGUAACGUCACAAACCUAACCAUGAUAGUAGUAGUGCUCGAUUUUCAGUUGUGAACAUUUGAAUUGGCCGUGUCUUACCGUUGCCUGUAGUUGCAAAUUAGUUUCUGUUUGCAAUGCAAAGUGCGGAAUAUUUUGGUUUCAGUAGCGAGGCUAUACCUCGACGCAUAUUUGUUGGGGGUUUUGGGCCGGAAAUGAAAGAAAACGAACUAGCAGAGAUCUUUUCCGUGUAUGGACGAAUAUUGGAAAUCAAUAUAAUAAGAGAUGGGUCACGAAGUGCUUAUGGUUUUAUAACUUUUGAACAAGAGGAAACGGCAUUACUGCUGAUUAAUAACAGGUACAGUUUCUACUUUCGUGGGCGAAAACUUCGACUUUCAGCAGCUUAUCUUCGGUCCAAUAAACAGCGAGUGACGUACGGCAAAAGCGACAUGCGACACUGAAACAGGGUGCUGUUAAUUUAUUUGAGGUUUAUAAAUGCAUUGUACAAAAUGGUUGUGUGUUUUAAAGUAACCGCUCGCAAUUGUCAUGAACUUUAAAUAAAAAUAAAAUCUCAAAGCUUGGU